UGUACGUAGAGAACCACGCCUCCCCCACCUACAUUUUUGGUGGUUAUCCGUCAAAAAUUUGACGGGGGCGAAACCUUUGCCAAAUUUGGUCACUGACUGAGCGAGAAGAAAGGAGCCUUGGAGAAAGAUGCCGGCGUACCACUCCCAGUACAACUCAGACGGUGGCAGAGUCCUUGGGAACCUGGCCCUCCUGCCACUCAAGACCAGCUACAAAGGACCAGCACCAAAGUCAAAUGAUGAAAGUGACAUCAUAGAAGAGGCUCUGUACUACUUCAAGGCCAACGUGUUCUUCAAGCAGUUUGAAGUCAAGGGCUCUGCAGAUCGUGUGUUGAUAUACCUCACUCUGUAUAUCAGCGAAUGCUUGAAGAAGCUGCAAAAGUGUCCUAACAAAGGGGAUGCCACGAAGUCCCUGGCGACGUUGGCAGUGUCGAGCUUCACCAUACCUGGAGACUCUGGGUUUCCUCUGAAUGCCUUCCUCGCUAAGCCAGCCUCAAGGGCCGAAGCUGACCAAAUGAGGGCCUACUUCACACAGCUGCGUCAGGAGCUGGGCGGGAGACUGGUGGAAAAGGUGUUUGGAGGAGAGGCAAAGCCCAGCAAGAUGUACCACUGCAAGGACUACCCGUGGCAGUCACUGGCCACCUCGCCACUAGCAGUCGCCGCCACAGUUGACGACAAAGAAAAGAAGAUAGCCAACGCUGACUUCACUAUUACAAGUGCCAUUGCCAGAAGGAGGUUGUCGAGCAAGAAGCGGAGGAACCCAGCUGGACUGUGGGGAGACGGCGGAGGACCAGGAGAGGGAAACAACUCCUCUGAACACUCUGCCAGCAGCAGCCCCACCGGCUCCAUGGACUGUCUCCAUAGACACCGUCCUCCCAACUCAACCAGUCCCCCCACCACCUCCUCCUCUUCUCGCCACUCCCCACCCUCUCUCAACAGUGUGAGUCUCCCACAGUGCCCCCUCCCCACUAUCACCGCCUCCUCCACUCACCUCCCCCACACGCACACCCACCACAUUGUUCCCUAUCACCCGCGGGCCACCAUCUCCUCUCACGGUGCCUCCACCGUUCCUCUCGUCCCUGCUGCCUACCACUUCGCUCCGUCUCUCCCUGUCGUAACUGCAGCGGACCACAAGGCCCUAACACAUCCAGUAUACUCUCAGCUACAACAGGAGCUCAACUACAGAUACCUACAAGACCAGUCAGGAGGUGGUCCCGGUUCCGUACGGUCUGGGGACCUGUCAGUGGGUGGUCCAGGUUCCGUAUGGUCUGAGAACAGGGGAUUCUCAGUACCUCAUUCUCAACCCAGCAACCUCCAUCAACAGGCAUUGGUGGGUGUGGCCUCAUUGGGAAUGGACCAAUCAGAGAGCAGACGACCUCAUCAGGUCAAGUGGUGCUCGGCCCACGUCACCAUCGCCAAGCAGAUCCUUGCUCACCAGCAGCAGGCCAAGAAUGCUCAGGAGAUGGCCCGCAGCUCAUCUCUACCUGCAACAUCUUCAAAACCCAUCGUCACCUCGUCUGCUGCUGCCGCCCCCCUUGACCCCGCCCACCAGAUUGCCCUCCUACAGAUGUAUGGGAUUCCCACCACAGCUGCAAUCACGGGCGGCGGCUACAUGACAAUGUCGGGCGUGCCCUACCCCACCCUCCCGCACGACGUGCAACUACACAACCUCUCCUUCGUCCCUAAUCCUGUACCGACUGCACUGUUUAUGGACGCAGCAAACAACAUUGUCUCGUUGAAACCGAUGCCAGGGGUCGCGACACAGCAGCAGGCCCAGGAGACCUCAAACAAGGGUUUGCCGAUGGUAAACGGAGUACAAAUCCUGCCCUACCCUGCCCCACAUCCGCAGUCGCUACCCAUGGCGGCCGUAAUGCCCGGGAUCGCUGGCAUGAGCAAUGCGGUGAACGGAUCAUACGUCGGACCGGUUCCCAUGAUUGGAAACUGUGUUCUUAACCCCUGCCACCCUGCUGGCGUCAUGGCAGCGCCAUGGGUGAGGUGAGGGUUCGAAGAAACCCCUUCCUCCAUUUCUUCCAUCUACCGGCUGUGUAUCAUGUGUGUGUGUGUGUGUGAUCAUUUCAUUUUUCGAUAACCAACGUGUUUUGUGUAUGAUAAUCUCUACAAUGUAUGUACGUAUGUGUUUAUCUAAUCAAGUUUUCUUAGCGUUUUUUGUAUGUUUUGCUGCCAUUAUGUGUGUGUGUGUGUGUAUUUGCUAUUGUAUGCCAGAGAUGUGAUCAAUCAAGGAGGCAUCUUACACCAUUUUCUAAAUCCACAUGGUCCAUUGUCUAUUAUGUUGAAAAUGUGUGCUGGCCACCUAAGAAGAUACAAGAUGAUUGAGACGAUAAUAUAUAACUGGGUUAUGAUCAUACUGGAAACCCAAAAAUGGGGAGCUUUGGUUUGUGUACCGUUUGAUUUGUUGGUUAAAUUUUUAUUGCGAGUCCACAUUCUACCAAUUCCGUGUUCUUCAUAUUAUUUUCUGUGUUUAAGGAAAUAAUGAAUCGAUGACGGAUAGAGAAGAGAAAGGGGCUCCUAAUGAGUAGAGAGUUGCAGUCAGCCCCAACCUGUCAAUUCAUCAGGUAGGAGGGCAUGUGGGUAGUUCGAUCCAGCUGAUUGAGGCAAUAGGGAGGGAGGGAGGGCUGCUCUGUAGGGCUCUAAGUAGGCAGGCAGCAUGUCUUUGCCACCAGCUUGAGUCAAUGAAGGUCCAGUGG